AUGACCGUGGACAUGGAAAGAUGCAAACGCCUAGUCCAAUAUUUCUGGGACCCAGAACCCAGGAACGAUGCACCUGCCGCUUCAAUAUGGUGCCUGGGCAGAGAGUAUGCGCCCCCGCAAACCGGGAGUGGCGAAGCCACCAGCGACCGACAGAGUUUCCCAAGCCAUUCCCAGGCCAGUACAUCGAAUGACACGGCAUGGCCAAAGGCAUUCCUCUCUGACUUCGGAUCGAGAAUCUGGAUAACAUACCGAUCAAACUUCAUACCGAUACCACGUUCAAAUACACCAGAAGCAACAUCUUCGUUGACACUGGGGGUACGCCUGAGAAGUCAGUUAAUGGACCCCCAGGGCUUCACAUCAGACACAGGGUGGGGCUGCAUGAUUAGAUCUGGACAAAGCCUUUUGGCGAAUACGUUCUCGGUGCUAUUACUAGGGCGAGACUGGCGCCGUGGAGAGAAACCGACAGAGGAGUCGCAGCUAAUCUCCAUGUUCGCCGAUCACCCGGACGCUCUCUUCUCAAUACAUCGAUUCGUUGACUGCGGCGCAGAAUCAUGUGGCAAAUAUCCAGGGGAAUGGUUUGGACCGUCGGCAACUGCCAAAUGUAUACAGCUUCUCUCAACCCAAAGCGAGUCCCCUCCACUCAGGGUAUAUGUGACCAAUGACACAUCGGAUGUCUACGAAGAGAAAUUUGCACAUGUGGCCCACGACAAAGCUGGCAAAAUCCAGCCAACACUGAUCUUGAUUGGAACUAGACUGGGGAUCGAUCAUGUCACUCCCGUGUACUGGGACGGUCUUCGAGCUGCACUGACAUAUCCCCAAUCGGUCGGCAUCGCAGGUGGACGCCCAUUAGCAUCACAUUACUUUGUAGGCGCCCAAGACUCCCACCUCUUUUUCCUUGAUCCUCAUACAACCCGACCUGCAACGUCAUACCGGCCAGAUGAGCUCUAUAGCCAAGAGGAAUUGGAUAGCUACUAUACCAACCGGCUGCGGAGAAUCCAUAUCAAGGAUAUGGAUCCUAGCAUGUUGAUUGGGUUUCUCAUCAAGGAUGAAGAUGACUGGGCUGACUGGAAGAAUCGGAUUCAAUCCACGACUGGACGGCCCAUUGUACACAUCAUCCUAGGUCAGAAUCAGCCAGCUCGUGGUUAUACCCGCGCCGAAGCGCUUGAUGAAGUCGAGGUGCUGGACGAUUCAGAAAUGGAGUGUUAG